GACGAGCUGAGAAAAAUUGAGUAGUAGUUUUUUGUGAAACGCAUCGAGUGUGUCACCUUGUGCUCAUGGAAAACAAAGAAAACCUACCGGACUGGUGAUCUAGCCGUUAUCGCAAACGUUAAAUAUUAGCUAGGAACACGUACAGUUCUAAAGCACCUGUACGUUUGUUACAAUAGGCAACUUCACAUCGGAAAAAAUCAUGCUCGCCAGAUUCCUAAGCAUGUCCACAUCGCACGCGGAUCAAUUCUGAUCAGUUAACUUAUUUUCAUUGUGAUCAAUUAAGACACUUUAAGGCGGUCUAUUGGCAGUCAUCUUCAUUCGGGCGAAUCAUCUUGAACCCAGAGCAGAUACAUAUUUGCAUACAGUUUCGGAAAAUUACCAGUGUCUUACAUAUGACAAAAGUGUGUGGAGAUUGAGUUUUUUUUGCAAUAUGACUCUGCCUAGUGUCGGGUUGGAGAAACCUGAUGAUAGGAAUAGGGUUUAUCAGUAUAUCGCAGCUAUUACAGCAAACCUUGGUAUAGUGUGUAGCGAAAUGCACUAUGGAUGGCCUUCGCCCUACAUGCCAGUCCUAGAGAAUGGAAAAUACACUUUCAGUGUAACAAGCGAAGAGGGAUCGUGGUUGACUGUGAUACCCCUUAUAGGCGCAAUGGUUGGAGCUUUAGCCACAGGAAUGAUCGUGGACAUAUUUGGUCGCAAACGCCUGAUAGUUCUCUCUUCAUUACCAUUCUUUGCCUCCUGGUUGAUGGUAGCCCUUGCCAGCUCUUCCACUUUGAUGUUCAUCGGACGAUUCAUCGCGGGACUUUCGGACGGCCUCUCUUUCACAGCGGUACCCAUGUACCUGGGGGAAAUCUCAGAGUCUAAGAUUCGGGGUUUGCUAGCCUCCAUUUGUCCUGUCAGCGUGAUCUUUGGUGUUCUGUUAAUCAAUGUGCUCGGAGAGCAUUUGUCGCUGCAAACGUCUGCGUACAUUGGGGCGGUCAUACCGGUAGUGCUCCUGAUCACAUACUCAUGGAUGCCCGAAAGUCCUUACUUCCAUGUAAUGAAGGGCGAGACUGAAGAGGCUAGAAAGAGCUUGGAAAUCUUUAGAGGAACUAAGGAUGUCGACGAGGAACUGAAGAGAAUCUCAGAGGCAGUGAGACAACAAAACGAGGUCAAAGGAUCUAUAUUAGAUUUAUUCACCGUUAGGAGUAAUAGAAAAGGAUUGCUCAUUACCUUAGGUUUGCGAGGAUUCCAGCAACUCAGCGGUACUACAGCCAUCAUCUUCUACUGCAAGACCAUUUUCGAAGAAUCGAAAGACUUCAUCUCAGCGGGUACUGCCACCAUAAUCUACUUCUCAGUACAACUGGUACUAUCAGCUUUAUCAUCCGUCAUUGUAGACUUUGCUGGUAGACGACCUCUACUGAUCAUAUCUACAACUGGGACAGCAAUCACUCUACUGAUCCAAGGAGUGUUUCUAUAUUUCAAAAUCUGUACUGAUGUUGAUAUGUCUCGAUACCACUUUGUACCAAUAGUAGCUUUGCUAAGUUUCGUUAUAGUUUUCAGCGUGGGACUGCAAACCAUCCCGCUUCUGAUGAUGGGCGAAAUAUUCCCUACAGACGUCAAGGCUAUUGCCUUAUCUUUGAUGGAUCUAUACUACAGUUUGAUCGUGACGAUCAUAUCACAAUUCUUUCAUUGGACCAAAGAAGUAUAUGGCUUGCAUGUCCCAUUCUUCACAUUUUUUGGUUGUUGUUUAGUAGGACUGUUGUUCAUUAUUUUCUUUGUACCUGAAACCAAAGGUAAGACAUUAGAAGACAUUCAAGCUGAAUUAAAAGGUGUUGCUAAGGUGGUAGACACCAAGAAGCUCAGCAGAGUAGAAUAUUAUUGAUUAAGGCUUUAUUUUCUAUUGUUUUCAUGUAGAGUGAAAUUUAGUUAUGUAUUUUUAAUAAAGAACUAGAAAAAAGUAUUUUACCUACUAAAAUUCA